CCUUAGCACCUUUCUCAAAAAUCAGCUGGCCAUAUACAAAACUUGCCAAUGGCACUUCCAGUAUGAUUGUGCCCAAGCAACGAAAACUCUCAGCAAGCUAUGAGAAGGAAAAGGAACUGUGUGUCAAAUAUUUUGAGCAGUGGUCAGAGUCCGAUCAAGUGGAAUUUGUGGAACAUCUUAUAUCCCAAAUGUGUCAUUACCAACAUGGGCACAUAAACUCGUAUCUUAAACCUAUGUUGCAGAGGGAUUUCAUAACUGCUUUGCCAGCUCGGGGUUUGGAUCACAUUGCUGAGAACAUUCUGUCAUACCUGGAUGCCAAAUCAUUAUGUGCUGCUGAACUUGUAUGUAAGGAAUGGUACCGAGUGACAUCUGAUGGCAUGUUAUGGAAGAAGCUCAUUGAGAGAAUGGUCAGGACAGAUUCUCUGUGGAGAGGCCUGGCAGAACGAAGAGGGUGGGGACAGUAUUUAUUCAAAAACAAACCUCCUGAUGGGAAUGCUCCUCCCAACUCUUUUUAUAGAGCACUUUAUCCUAAAAUUAUACAAGACAUUGAGACAAUAGAAUCUAACUGGAGAUGUGGAAGACAUAGUUUACAGAGAAUCCACUGUCGAAGUGAAACAAGCAAAGGAGUUUACUGUUUACAGUAUGAUGAUCAAAAGAUAGUAAGCGGCCUUCGAGACAACACAAUCAAGAUCUGGGAUAAAAGCACGUUGGAAUGCAAGCGAAUUCUCACAGGCCACACGGGUUCUGUCCUGUGUCUCCAGUAUGAUGAGAGGGUGAUCAUAACUGGAUCAUCGGAUUCCACGGUCAGGGUGUGGGAUGUAAAUACAGGUGAAAUGCUAAACACGUUGAUUCACCAUUGUGAAGCAGUUCUGCACUUGCGUUUCAAUAAUGGCAUGAUGGUGACUUGCUCCAAAGACCGUUCCAUUGCCGUAUGGGAUAUGGCCUCCCCAACUGACAUCACCCUCCGGAGGGUGCUCGUCGGACAUCGAGCUGCUGUCAAUGUUGUAGACUUUGAUGACAAGUACAUCGUUUCUGCAUCUGGAGAUAGGACUAUAAAGGUAUGGAACACAAGUACUUGUGAAUUUGUAAGGACCUUAAAUGGACACAAACGCGGCAUUGCCUGUUUGCAGUACAGAGACAGGCUGGUCGUGAGUGGCUCAUCUGACAACACUAUCAGAUUAUGGGACAUAGAAUGUGGUGCAUGUUUACGAGUCUUAGAAGGUCACGAGGAACUGGUGCGCUGUAUUCGAUUCGAUAACAAGAGGAUUGUCAGCGGGGCCUACGAUGGAAAAAUUAAAGUGUGGGAUCUUGUAGCUGCUCUGGACCCCCGUGCUCCUGCAGGGACUCUCUGUCUACGGACCCUUGUGGAGCAUUCUGGAAGAGUUUUCCGACUCCAGUUUGAUGAAUUCCAGAUUGUCAGUAGUUCACAUGAUGACACAAUCCUCAUCUGGGACUUCCUAAACGACCCAGCUGCCCAAGCUGAACCCCCCCGCUCCCCUUCUCGAACAUACACCUAUAUCUCCAGAUAAAUAAUCAUACAGUGACCUCAUACUUGCCCAGGACUCAUUAAAGUUGCGGUAUUUAACAUAUCUGCCAAUACCAGGAUGAGCAACAACAGUAACAAUCAAACUACUACCCACUUCCCCGGACUAGCCGAGGAACGGGGCUUUGAGACUCCUGUUGGGACACAGUUGGUCUGCAGUCGACCCAGGAUGGUCUACUCAGCACAGCUGACUGCUUCCGUGCUGCUAUCAGAAGAUGUCUUUUAUCUUUUGUGAAUGAUUGGAACUUUUAAACCUCACCUCACCUCCCCUCCUUUCCUCUCUGCACCUGUUUUUCCUCAUUUGGUUCCAGACAAAGAUGACUUAUAAAUAUAUUUAGUGUUUUGCCAGAAUCUCUCUUGCUUUGCCAUUAAGCAGAAGAACUAGUUUCCCUAUAUAGCCUUCUGGGAGACCAACUUCUAGGGGACAGGGGGUACAGCUUCAAGCCAGACAGCACCCAUUUUCUCCCUGUGAACUCCAGGAAUGCCCAGCACCUGGCAGGAUCAGCCCAGCCUCACUGUGCUUAGGAGAAGACAGCUGUCUGUAUGGCCUUUGGGGCGAGAAAGAAAACAAAAAUACACACUGGAAGAUCUGGGCCUCUUUCCUUUCAUCUCUUUCUGUUUCUGUCCUUCCUCCCUUUUCCCCCACUCUCCUUCAACCUGUUUCUCUGCUGCACCUGAGAAGAAAGAGUUCGAAGAGAGGUUCUCAGUUAACAUGAGGCAAAUCAGAGAAAAUGCCACACUUGGAAGAGCUAAAUGCUGUCCAGUCAAAGUUUCAAACCCAGGCUUUUGCUGCAAGUGACCCUGUGGGGCAGCAGUGGGUUCUUAGAAGGUACUCUCAUCAUAUUUGCAACUCUUCUCUCUCUCCUAACAGCACCCCCAUCAGUUUAAAAAGGUGGGGGUGGGGGCAGAAAUCGCCUGGGCUCCAUCAAUGGCCACAUCUUUUCUGGACUCAGCAGUCUCCUCGAUUCCAUGUAGAGUGUGCAAAGGAGUUGCUGAUUGCAUUUCCUCUCAUUAACAAUUAGAUGUGUAAUGAAAAGCAUUGUACUUCAUCUUAAAUCACUGGUAAGGCUCAGCCUAAAGAAAGGUUUGAAAUGGCCAGAGCCAGUCGCUGGGUGCAGUCCACAUAAUGGUUCACAUCUCUGAUUUGCUCGUCAGGGUCUGUGGACACCCAGCUCCUGUGUCUUUGCCAAGACCACGAUCAGAGUAGUUGAGAGGUGGUCAGAGGUAAAAGUGGAUUUCUUUCUCAUUUAGAACAGUAAAUAUCAUCUCUCAGAAAGCAAGCUAAUCAUCUCAACCUUGCACUGCAGAACCUUCCUCCUGCUUUUCCCAAACCUGGUAUUUACAAAAGGGCAAAGCUGCCGGAAAGAGGAUCAGGGUGAAGUUUGGCACACAGGGUUUACUAAUGGGGCAGAAAUUGCCUUCGCUUUUCUUUUCUUCCUCCUCCGGCCUUAUUUAACUCUCCACUCUCCCCAGCCAAUAAAAUUUCUGGAAGUUGGUAAGCAACAUAAACAAAUGGACCUCAGCAAGAGCCAGGCCAACCUGGCCACUUAAAAGGCAGCUGUAUAAGCGUCGGGCAGGGCGGGUGUGCCACCCCAACUUGGGAACACAGAAUACUACCAGCAUGUGCCCAGCUUGUUUCCCGGGGGAGGCACGGGGCUGCACCAGCCCUCUCGUGUGGUGUGGGCACACCCAUUACAGGUUCAAGGCCACACUGCAGUCUCUAGUUUCCCUUGGAAGCUGAGCAGUUAGUCAGGCCUGUUGUUUCUGUUCCUAAGCAAAGCAGUUGAGUAAAAGAAAGCCCCGUUUUAGCCAGCUGCUGUAAAAACAUCAGAAUGGAAGCCAGUUGCAGGUGACCUCAGAGCCAGACCACCUUUAGUUAAGCAAGGGGGAGAGGGAGAGAAAGCCAUCUUCACCCUUCCCUUCUGAUGUGACUGAAUGUUGUUGUUAUGUAUUGAGGGGCAAGUUAUGCAUAUAUGCUUUUCCUUUCCGGCUUCAGGAGAGCUUUUAAGCUUUUGGUUCCAGGUUAUAUUCAGAAAAUAUUUCCCAGUGUAAUAUGUCAUUGCCUGGGAAAUAUUUUCUGAGUAUAAGUCCCUUCCCACCCACCCAAAUGCUACAGAGAAGUGUUUUCUAUUUAGCUGUCAUCAGAGUUCCUUGUCUAUUGUGUUGACUAUUUUUGGCUUUUUGAUUGGUUAAGGAUUUUGCUACAGGUGAGGCAGAGGGCCAUCAGCCCUGAGUAACACACAGGUCAGGCAUUAAAGGGGCGUGGAUUUCAAGCUGUUUGAAAAUAUUGUCCAAUAGCCAUAACUUUAAUAGCCCUUCUGUUAUAUGCUGCUAUUUAAAAGUGGGAGCUGUUGAAUAUUCAUUGAUGCCCGGGGUUUUGCUCUCCCAUCUAGGUUCAGUUGAAGGUAGAUUAUUUCUAAGAUUGUUUUGAAGCUUGUCCAGUACAUCAUAAAUGAGAUCAAGGGUGGACCCUGCAGUCUGGAGCCAUUAGCUCCAUCGAGCAUGUUCUCCAAGUUGUCCUUUGCUGCUGAUGGAAAUGGGAAUGAAGUUAAGUGGUCUGAAAAACUGAGUCAGUCUCAUUUCUCAGCUCUGGGGGUCAUUUACCAGUUCAUUGUAGAAGAAAUAAUCAGGUAAGUAGAAGUUCAUUUCCAGAGAAGGUAAACCCCACUUACCAUCUCUGCAUGAUUUCGGUCGGAAUUGAUUAUCACUAAUCCCCAACUGGGCUAGAAUAAAUGUAAAGUUUGACCUUUUUAAAAAGAAAAGAGAAACAAAGAAAGUCUCAAUACAUUGAAAGGAAUGGUAGAAAAGGAGCUGAAGGAGUCUGUUGGCUCUGAAAUGGCAUGUCUCCAUUGUAGAUUAGUCUCUUCUCACUAAAAUUCCAGUGUGGGCCUGAAAGAGGCGUUUCUUAAAGAUGGGAGGAAGCCCCUUCAAAGGCGGGCACGCAAGGAGCGCAUGCACGCACCUGCGCCUGCACCCUGGAACUCUCUGGGCACUCAGGAGCUCUCCAGUCACACCUGGGCUGCUUGGACAAAACCAGCAUGCCUUGCUGCACAUGUGUGUAUUUUCACUGCUGAGAACAUCCUUUUCCUUUCUUAUGUGCCAUUUGAAAGUGGACAUGAAUUGUGAAUGGAGGCCUUUUACACUUGUCCCUUGGCAAGAUUUUUUCUGGGGACUCUUCACCAUAAACUUCAGAGACAGGACUCUCUGGAACUCUAUUGACAAGUAAUAAAGUCUGGCCCUCAUAACUUGUUUCUGAACUGGAAAAAAAAAAAAAAACCUGGGACCCCUAAAU